GGUAUCGUGAAAAAUAUUACAGGGACUUGUGUCAAAGCAUAAACAUGGCUCACAGAUUUUCACGUGCCAACGUACUUGGCAGAAUAUUAAUAUGUCGACAGAACUGUUGUACUAAACAGCUUGUUAGGCCUGUUGUGGCGAGAGAAUUCCAUGUAACUCCAAAUCUAGGUGGUAUAUCUAAUCAGACCUAUACAACACCGGAAAUAAAGCAACUACUUGUCCGCACAAAGUUUUUCAAGAAAGUUGAACAUGUGCCAGAUUUUGUUGGAUCUGGACUCGUGUCUCUAGCACACGACUUUUUUCGUGUGAGGAUGUUUCUGACCAUCAUGAAUGUAUUGUUUUUCAUCAUUUAUUUAAUGUUUAUGUGGGUCAGGAGGAAAAAGACCAAGGAAUUUGUGGAACGGACUAAUAUAAAAUAUGACGCUCACAGAUCUAGAGAAUUGGACAAAAAUAAAUUGCAUCAUCAGGAUUGAUUUUUUGAUCAUCAGUAUAAAUUUUGUAGAUUGUUAAUUGUUGUAUAUGCAGAGUGGAAUGUUGGAUUGUAAAUUGUAGUAAAUAUUGCUGUUAAUAAAACUACUGGGUAUACCAUUUCUCAU